CCUACAAAAUCAGAAAUUGACUAGGGUUGCACUUCACCUUCAAGCCUACACAAACCGAGAAGCAAAAGGCAUAAACUGCUUGGUUUCUGUCUCACCCUAAACAAAGAAGAACCAUCCACCGACCACCAGUGUUCUUCUUUGCAAAAUGUCACUGGAUGCUUUGGUCAACAAUAUCAUAUCCUCAAGUACAGCUACUUUCGAAGAAAGGGGAUGCUUUUAAGUUUAUUCUGUUGCCAAUCUUUUAUCCUAGACCUUUGAAUACUUAUAUUGGUUUUAUAUUUUACUUUAAGGAUUUUACUGUUUUUUACAGUCUGUUGAUGGCCCUUUUAUGAAGUUGGACUUAGUUUGUUGCAGAACAUUCUGAAUUUGACAUGAAUACGGUUAAUCUCUAGUUUCAAACCGUCGUGAAUAACUGAAAUCAUGCGGAGCAAGACGGGGUUGAGAUGGUCAAAGAAUAUUACAACAUCACAAGUGGUGCAGCUAAUUCGAGCAGAAAAGGACUUGUCUAAGGCUGUUGCUAUUUUUGAUGCAGCAACAGCUGAGUAUAGAAAUGGAUUUAGACAUGACCACAUAACUUUUGGGCAUUUGAUUUCUAGAUUAGUGUCUGCUAAUCAGUUUAAACCAGCAGAGGAGCUGCUUAAUAGGAUGAAAGAAGAGAGGUGUAAGAUUAAAGAAGAGAUUUUCCUCUCCAUUUGCAGAGGAUAUGGUCGGGUACAUAAGCCAUUGGAGGCUGUUCAAAUUUUCAAAAUCGCAAAAGAUUAUGGAUGCGAACCUACAGAGAAAUUUUAUAUCACUAUAUUUUCCAUUCUUGUUGAUGAAAGCCACUUAAAAUUGGCCAUGAGAUUUUACCACUAUAUGAAGAAAAUGGGUAUCCUACCAAAUGUUGUUUCUCUCAAUAUCUUGAUCAAAGCCCUAUGCAAGAGCAGUGGGACAAUCGAUGCUGCAAUUAAUAUAUUCAAUGAAAUGCCAAGUCGUGGGUGCUCUCCUGAUUCAUAUACUUAUGGUACAUUGAUCAGUGGGCUGUGUAAAUGUGGAAGAAUUGACGAGGCAAACAAAUUCUUCAGGGAAAUGGAGGCAAAAGGUUGCCUACCCACUGUUGUUACAUACACUUCUUUGAUUAAUGUUCUGUGCAAAUCUGGAAGGCUAGGGGAUGCUUUCGUACUGUUCAAGGAAAUGACAAGCAAAGACAUUAAACCGAAUGUUUAUACCUACUCGGCUUUGAUGGAUGGCCUUUGUAAGCACGGGCGUUUGUUACAUGCCCUCGAUCUACUGGAGAUGAUGAUUCGCCAAGAUCUUUCUCCGAACACUAUCACUUAUAGUACUUUGAUUAAUGGACUUUGUAAGGAUGGAAAGCUCUGUGAAGCCUUAAAGCUUUUUGAUAGGAUGAAACUUCAAGGCCUGAAACCGGAUGUGGCACUUUAUAAUAAGAUCAUUAAUGGUUUCGUUGACUUGAAUAAGUGUCAAGAGGCUGCCAACUUUCUUGAUGAAAUGGUUCUUGCUGGAAUUUCACCCAAUAGAUUAACUUGGAGCACUCAUAUUAAAGUGCAUAAUGUUGUCAUACAAGGACUUUGUGAGAGUGAUCUUAACCGGGCUUUUUAUUUGUAUCUGAGUAUGAGAACCAGGGGCCUUACGGUUGAACCUGAAGUUUUUCACUCCCUUGUCAAAGGUUUUUGCAAGAAAAGAGACUUGCUUAAAGCUUAUCGCACUCUUGAUGAGAUGGUUUGUGAUGGUUGUCAUCCAGAUGAGGAGAUAUGGAAGGCUAUAUUGCGAGGCUUUCUUGAUCAAAAAAAGACUUUGGAAUCUAUUGAAAACUUUCAUAUGCAGUUGGCACAGACUAUUAAUGAGCUUGCGAAGUUGUCUUAAAAGUCCUAUAAAAGGAAUGAGAUGAUAGUUGCACAACAAUUUGGCAGCAUGCACUCCAUAGUAUAAUGAACUGAUUUAUUUGGCUAUUUGGAGUCCAUGUAAACAAUGAGGUGGGGUUAAAUACAGUACAUAUUUUGUGUAUUGCGGAUGUUAAAAGUUGGGAUAUAUUCAAGGCAGAACAUGUACAAGACAUAGAAGUCAUCAGUUAGUGGUUAGGGGAAAACCAAUUCCAUGGCGCUGUGUGGGAAAAGCUACAAAUAGCAUACUGCAGAUGACUCCUAUUCCAAUUGGUAGCGCUGUAAGAAUCUCCUGGGUCUCUCUUGAUGGUGCUGGAUAGAAGCAUUGAACUGUGUUCUUGUCAAACAAAGCAAUUGCUGCAAAAACAAAUACAGACAUAAAAGCAUGCAGAAAAUCUAUGAACCGGAGUCGGUACUUGGCAGCAAGCUGAGGUGGAAGUUUUGCUGACCCGUCGAUCACCCACAGACCAUUGAUUGUGGCAAACCCAUAGUAGAUGUUUCCAUCAUCAUCCUUGAAGCAGUCAGUGAAGCUGAGCAGAAAAGAAGACAGCCCACAAAUAUUGAUUAAAAUGGAAGUAAUUGUUCUGCUGACAGGAUCACAAUCACCCUGGUUCGUGAAAAUUGGGGCGAGCAGCUGGAAGGCCAUUACUGUUCCAGUUGGUAGUAGUUUGGCUAAGUGAGCUGUGCUCUGAAAUGUCUGGCUGAUGGCUUGCUGGAUGGGAUUUCUGUCCGGUGUAUACGGUACAUCUCGGAGAAGUGGAACCUUUUGAUCAUCAUCAUUUAGUUACAGGCUUUGAGAGGCUGACAGCCUUAUAGAGCGACGGGGGAAGAUGGCAAGAGGCGCAUUGAGUGGAGCAAAAGGUAUGGGAUGUCAGCAUAGUCAUGCCUUGCAAGAAAGAGGAAUCUAAGGUUUAUUUGAGGUAAAGCUUACUUUUUAUAAUCAUGGGAAAGUUGCUCCUGUAAUUUAGCUAAGAAAGGUAUAAUCCAAUGAGUUUGGCAGUUACAUCCUUGCUUCUUGACAGUUAUGAUGAUAUAACAGAUAUGGGUUUCUUAAGUUUGUAAUCAGUGCAACCAAUGCGUGAACUAAAAACACAGUUUUUGCUUUUGGGAUAUUGCUUUGAAAUCUAUUAUUCUAACAUCUUGUUUAGGAUAAAA